AUGCAAAUGAUGUCCGAUCCAGAUGCCGAGGUUGUUGCUUUGUCUCCGACGACCCUAAUGGCCACAAACCGAUUCGUCUGCGAGAUAUGCAACAAGGGCUUCCAGAGAGACCAGAAUUUACAGCUUCAUCGGAGGGGCCACAACCUUCCAUGGAAACUGAAGCAAAGAUUGAACAAAGAGGUGAAGAAGAAGGUGUAUAUUUGCCCUGAGAAGAGCUGCGUCCACCACGACCCGUCGAGAGCUCUCGGCGACCUCACCGGAAUAAAGAAGCAUUUCAGCAGAAAACACGGUGAGAAGAAGUGGAAGUGCGACAAGUGUUCGAAGAAAUACGCAGUCCAAUCGGAUUGGAAAGCUCACUCCAAGACCUGUGGGACGAGGGAGUAUAAGUGUGACUGUGGAACCCUCUUUUCCAGGAAAGAUAGCUUCAUCACCCACAGAGCUUUUUGUGAUGCCCUAACUGAAGAGAGUGCUAGGCUCACUACUUCAGUUGCUGGAGCUGCAACCAAUCUCAAUUUCGGAAACGAAACAAUGUUAAACAACACCAUGAUGCAUAAUGGUCAUGCAGUUCAAGAUGACGUGUCUCAAAUUUCUCAGUAUGGCCAAGGUUUGAUCAGGCAAGAUUUCAAUGGAUUGGAUCAUCAUCAUCAGCAGCAUGAGAAGCCAAGCUUGUCACUUUGGCUGAAUCAGCAGCAGGCAAAUAGUAAUUCUCAUCAGCUGAAUCUCAUGGACAAUAUGGCAGCAAAUCCCAAUCAGCUUUAUGUAACAUCAUCAAGCUCCACUGCUUUUCCAGAUAUGGCUCAAAUGCCAUCAGCCAACAAUAUCAAUCAGCUCUUUGGCUCGCCAAACGCUAUGUCUACUUUUGGAAGCUCAAACAUCAAUCUUUUUGGCUCAGGCAGUGCUUCAAGUUCUACUUCCACAAGUGCUGCAAAUAAUCUCUCCUUAUCAUCACCAAUUCAAGAAGGUGGGAUUCAUAAGGGAAACAGUAAUCUGGUGGGCAGCGGAGGCUUAUCAAAGCCGCCUGCAGCCCCAAUGUCUGCCACAGCACUUCUGCAAAAAGCAGCACAAUUGGGUUCAACCAGAAGCAGCAACAACAACAACAACCAAGGCAGCAGCAGCAGCAGCAGCUUGGGUGUAAACGUAAUGAGCUCAUCACCAUCUUCUUCAAACACUUUGAUCAGGAGCUUCAGUUCCAAUAUGAACCAAAAUCGAUCAAACGAGCUGCAUCAAAUUGUUCAAAAUGCAAACCAAUCAGGCGGUGCAAACUCAAACACAAGUUCUACUCUUGAGCAGCUCAUGAACAACAUCACUCAUCGGGGUUCGAGCACAAUUGGAAAUCUUGAUCAUCAAAACAGUCUAACCAGAGACUUCUUGGGCAUGGGAGGAGGAGGAGGGGCAGCAGAUCAAUUAUCUCAUAACAACAGGCCAAUGUUCUCACCACAAGAGCUUGCCAAGUUUGCAUCUUCAAUGAGCCAAUUCACUGGCAACCACUAG